AUGUCAGCAUUUAGCACAUUACAGCAGUCUGGUGAGCAGCGCGCAGCAUGGCUUACCGACCGCAGCCCCGACUGCCCUAUUGCUUUCUCGGAACUAACAAUCAAUGAUCUGCAAGAAGCACCUUGGACCGUCCGCAACAAGCGAGUCGACCUUCCACCCCACUAUGAAUACCGAUUAUCCCAAGUUGGUAUCUCCCUGAAUAGCGUAUUCUCCAGAAUUCAUAUCGAGAAUUUGGACGUCUACAGCGAGUGGCAAGGCGUAAUCGGACCAGGCGUGAUAAUCAUUGACUCGGUUUCUCGAGCCGAGAACACUGACCAGCCACAUUCUUCCCAACUGACUAAGGCUGCUUAUCAAUAUGAAUACGAGCUUGAGACGCUGAAAUAUAUUUUCAUGGAGCAUGUUGUUAACAGGGAAAUGUUAGGGUUUGUGAGCAAUAUCAUCUACGAGAACAAGACGUUAGAUCCUAUUUUCGAAGCCCCGCAAAAAGUCUUUGAAAUGGGUACACCCCAGUACUACCAGAUGUUGGGUACGAGGAUGGGUAAGCUUGCUGUAUACUACCUGUUGAGUUCUUUUGCGCCUGGUACUCGGCAUAUUGCGAGAGUUACUACUUGGUUUGAAAACCGUACGCUUCAGCUUCAGUUUGAUAUCGAUGUAAGCCGGUAA